AUGGAGGCGGCUGGAGGCGAUGGGAGGUGGUGCGUGGUGAUUGGCGGCCGCGGGUUCGCUGCUAGGCAUCUGGUGACGAUGCUGCUCUGCUCCGACGAGUGGCGGGUGCGCGUGGCCGACCUGGCCCCCGCCAUCACGCUCGACCGCGAAGAAGAAGAGGGUUUCCUAGGUGCUGCUCUCCGCGAAGGCCAGGCCGUCUAUGCCUCCGCCGACCUCCGCGACAAGGCCCAGGUCGCCAGAGGAAAGGAUGCAAUAGUGAGGCACCACGACCUUGUCGUGCUGCUGGAUAUGUGGGUCAUUGGAACACAGAUCAGAAAGGGAAGAUGUGAAGCCAUCUCGUGGAUGAGCGAAACAUCACAGCUGAACCCCACAAAGUACCAGGUAUGCCACACCCAUUUUACUCCCGGGCUGGAUGCAUCUAUUUAUGUUCUGGUGGAUUCAAUAUAUGCUUCACAGACCGCAGGAGAUGGUUACUGUGGCAAUUUGUCUGACUAUGAGGAUAAUUCCUAUGGAGGGAUAAACAAGGGAAGGUUCAUGGAUGGGAAAAAAAGAGAAAGAGAUAUGGAGGUCAAGCACAGGGAAGUAGAGGCCCAUUAG